CCUUUGUCUCUUGGGAGCAUGCUUGUCACCCAGGGGCUAGUCUCAAAAGGUGUUUUCUCAGCGAGCCCAAGAUUUGGUGCAUUACCUAAGAUGGCAAUUGCUGGUGUCUUAGGUUUUGCCAUUGGAAAGAUGUCAUACAUAGGAGAAUGCCAAAAAAAGUUCCAGAAAAUUGGUGUUGCACCAUUUGGUCCACAACAAAAAAGGCAUUGUCAUCAUACUUGCAAAGAGUGUGAAGCAAAAUCGGGAUCAAAUAAGGAAAAAGAUUCAAUUACUGCAGCAUCUUAG